AGUAAUUUGAGUACUCCUAUCUUAAAUAACUGUAAGUUAUGUAUAUCAAUAAUAAUUAAUAAAUAACCAUUCAAAUUAAAUAAAUUUAGUUUUUACCUAAAUGUAUAAAAUACAUAAUUAUACAAGGUUAUUACUUUAUUACAACAGUUUAAUCAUGUCUUAGUAACCAUAGAACAAUAAUCCAAAUUGGAAAUAAUCAUCUAUAUGAACUUCUAUUUCAUAAGCAAAUUGAAUUAAAUUAUUAAUCUACUAAUAGGAAGAUUGAUGCAACAUAAAAUAAAGAUUGUGAAACAGACAAUGAUAUGUGUAGAUAGAAAUAUUUUUAAUGAUCAUUUAGUGAUUUAAUGUGUGUGCAUAAUAAGCACACAUCCUUCUUGAAGGCGCAAAAAAUUGUUUUAAUACAUAUUAUCAAUCUAUUUUGAAAAAAAAAUUUUACUCUUUCAUUUUACUGUUAUGAAAUAGUGAUUAUUUUUAUUCGUAGCUAAAUAAUUAGUUAGUUUAGUUUUUACAAAGCUAAUAAAAAUUGCCAAUAUUAGCACUGUUGAUUUUACUGCAACUAAUAGAGAUAAUUUCUAACUGUGGACUAAGAUAAGCUAUGGUAAUCUAUGAUUUAAAUUUUUUAAUAUCAUCACUGCUAAUGGAAUUUUUAUUCCAUAGGAUGAAGUUAAUGAAAUUGUUGAGAUAAACAAAUUAAAACUUGGCUAUUGAUGUUUAAGAGGCACAGUCUAGAUUUAGAGAAACAAUAAAUUAUUGGAUUUUACCAAGUAGAACCGUGAUUAGCAACGGCUGAAGGUGUUAUAUUAUUACAACAAUGUAUUACUGUGAUGCAGAAGACCAAGAAUUAAACUAUAACAAAAACAUUGAGUCAUGUAUGUUAGAUAUUAAUGUUAAAAAUCAAUUAAACACUUAUGAUUUGGACAUGAGAACUGAUAAUACAAUGCCUGAAACCAAAAGAAAACCUUUUAAAAUUCCUGAUCAUAUUUCUUCAAUCGAAUGUGACGGAAGUGUUAAAUAUAAUUGUACUGUUUGCAAAAAGACUUUUAAUUCAAAAAAGAAUUGUUUCUAUCAUUUAACAUGUAACGGAGAUGGAAUUAAAAAACCGUUGAUCUGUUAUAAAUGUAAUAAAUCAUUUAAAAUCCAAUCACAUUUAGAUUAUCAUAUGUUAACACAUUCAGGUGAAAGACCAUUUAAAUGUAUUGAAUGUGAUAAAUGUUUUUUCACUAAAUCUAAAAUGAUUGAACAUAAAAUAGUACAUACAGUACGUUCUCAUUUUUGUGCAAUAUGUACCAAAGGUUUCAAAAGAAAGCGAUCAUUAGAAGUGCAUAUGAAAUCACAUGCUCUAGAAAAACCAUUUCAAUGUGCAACAUGUUUGAAAUUUUUCAAAAACAAGCAAUGUCUAAAAAAACAUCACAUUAGGAAACAUUCUGGAACUAAAGCAUUUUCAUGUGACAUCUGUAAACGGAAAUUUAGUUUAAAAGAUGCGUUGGUUUCACAUCAAAAGACACAUAUAUUCUCAACUCAAUUUGCUUGUUAUUUAUGUAAUCAACGUUUUAGAGAAAAACGUUAUUUACAAAGACAUCUUGGAACUCAUAAAAAAAACAUUUUGAAUUGUCCAAUAUGCAUGAAGAAGUUCACGCGUAAAGACAACUUGGACCGUCAUGUAAGAAACACUCACUUGGAAUCUGAAAACAUUAAUAUAAAUGAACAUGUAAUUCGUGCUUCUGUUAUUAAAGUUGUUAACAAAAUUGAAUCAUGUCCUGUUAGAGUAAUCCAACAUACUUAAAUUGUUAUUUUGUAUAAGUAUUUAUAGAUAUUCUAUAUAUUAGUUGUAUAAUAUUAUGUUACCGCUAUAGUUAUUAUUAUACUAUGUC